UCAUUUUUCAACAAAACCCAUACCUUCUCCCACCUUAACUAACCAACCGUACCAUACUCCAAAUAACACAACCACAACCAAAACAAGAACAAAAACACAUAGAAUAGACACAACCACAACCAAAACAAGAACAAAAACACAUAGAAUAGAAAAACUCUAUGAAGAAGAUUCAGAAGCAAAACACAACAAACCCAUUCGAAUCCCUCUCAGAAGAACUCAUAUUCACAAUCCUCGACUUCCUCGAACAACCAAACACCAACACCAAAUCAUUCUCCUUAACUUGCAAAUACUUCCACGCGCUAGAAUCAAAACACCGACGCGCCCUCCGUCCCUUACGCGCCGAACACUUACCUUCAAUCCUCGCGCGUUACUCCUCCAUCCAAAACCUCGAUCUCUCGCUAUGUCCGCGCGUGAGCGACACGUCUCUUGCAAUGAUCGCUGAGAAGUAUACACAAACGCUUAUGCGGAUUGAUUUGUCGCGGUCGAGAUUCUUCACCGGGAGCGGUUUGCUGAGUGUUGCGGCGAGAUGUGUGAAUUUGGUGGAGCUUGAUUUGUCGAACGCGACGGAGUUGAGAGACGCGGCGAUGGUGGGUGUUGCACGCGCCGGGAACUUGGAGAGGCUUUGGUUGAAUAGGUGUAAGUUGGUUACGGAUAUGGGGAUUGGGUGUGUGGCGGUGGGGUGUAGGAAGUUGAAGUUGAUUAGUUUGAAAUGGUGUGUUGGUGUUGCUGAUUUGGGUGUGGAUUUGAUUGCUAUUAAGUGUAGAGAUCUUCGAAGUUUGGAUCUUUCUUAUUUGCCUAUCACGGAGAAAUGUCUCUCUUCGAUCUUCAAAUUGCAACAUCUCGAAGAUUUGGUCCUCGAAGGAUGCUUUGGCGUUGGCGACGACAGCCUCAGCAAUGAAGUCUUCAAACAAGGGUGCAAGACAUUAAAGAAACUUGAUAUCUCGGGUUGUCAUAACAUUAGUCAUACCGGUUUGUCAAGGCUAACAAACGUUUCUCGAUGUGUCGAACAACUUGUAUUAGCAGAUGGCUCUCCGGUAACUCUUGCUCUAGUUGAUAGUUUAAAUAAACUUUCUAUGUUACAAUCAAUCAAAUUCGACGGCUGCAUUGUUACCUCCGACGGAUUAAAAGCCAUUGGAAAUUUAAGCAUUUCGCUGAAGGAACUGAGUUUAAGCAAAUGUUUGGGAGUGACGGAUGAAGCUCUCUCUUAUCUUGUUUCAAAACACAAAGAUCUAAGGAAGCUCGACAUCACAUGCUGCCGGAAGAUAACCGACGUCUCGAUAGCUAGCAUUACGAAUUCUUGCAGAAGUCUCACUUCUCUCAAAAUGGAAUCGUGCACGCUAGUUUCAUCGGAAGCGUAUAUAUUGAUUGGACAGAAAUGUCACUUUCUCGAGGAGCUUGACCUCACAGACAAUGAGAUCGACGAUGAAGGCCUCGAGUCCAUAUCUCGUUGUUCGAGGCUCUCCAGCCUGAAACUAGGAAUCUGCCUGAACAUAACCGAUAGAGGAGUUGCCUAUGUUGGCAUGUGUUGCUCAAAAUUAAAGGAACUGGAUCUAUACAGGUGCACAGGAGUAACAGAUUUGGGCAUUUCGGCAAUUGCGUACGGUUGCCGUGGCCUUGAGAUGAUAAAUACCGCUUAUUGCACUAACAUUACCGAUAGGGCAUUGUUCUGCUUAUCAAAAUGUGCAAAUUUGCAGACACUCGAAAUCCGUGGAUGUCUUCUUGUUACAUCUAUAGGUUUAGCAUCUAUUUCAAUGAACUGCAAACAACUAAGCCGUCUCGACAUAAAAAAGUGUUACAAUAUUGACGAUAGUGGCAUGAUUCCGCUAGCUCAUUUCUCACAAAAUCUAAGACAGAUAAACUUGUCGUAUAGCUCGGUUACGGAUGUGGGGCUUCUAUCCCUUGCCGGUAUCAGUUGCCUUCAAAACUUUACUCUGCUUCACCUGCAGGGUGUAGCUCCACAAGGAGUUGCGGCGGCCUUAUUGGCAUGCGGAGGGCUAACCAAAGCAAAGCUUCAUGUUAAACUAAGAUCUCUUUUACCUGAAAUACUCAUCAGACAUGUAGAAGCACGCGGUUGCGUGUUUGAAUGGAGAGAUAAAGUUUUUCAGGCUGAAUUGGACCCCAAGUGUUGGAAAUUACAGUUAGAAGAUGUGAUGCAAUAGGAUUUUGUAAGAUUGUUUGAAGUUGAUAAAGAUGACUUAUACAACCAAGUUUGUGAAGAAUCUUACAUCUUUGAGAUAUUCUCAAAUGUAAAUGUAAUAAGAAUCCAUGUUAUGUUUACUUCUUCUCUCUACCCUUCCACUUAUACUAGAGGAAAGAAUCAAGCAAUAAAAGAAAGAGACAUGAAUGAAAGAUGUUAGAAGUAUUUUGUUUAAUCCAUUGAUGGAGGUAACCAAGUAGCUUACAUAAGUCCGAUAUCAAAUUGGUGAAGGAAUGAGAUCCGAGAAUGUGCUUCUCUCAAAGUCUCUGAUUCAAAUUCCAGUCAGUGCUAACAAUUCUUAUGUUGGGUCAGUCCAGACCCCCAUACUGAGGUCUGAUAUUUGCAAUUGCUUAUGGAUGAUUAGAAUUAGUGGAUGAUGGUUGUGGUUAGAGACAAGGACAAAAAGAAGAAAAGAUUACAAAGGAUGAAGUGGCAUUUUCCACUAAAAAAGCAUUGAUAGUUGGCAUAUCACAUGCAUGGCUUAGGACAUGACACUGUUUUUGUGUCUUUUAUUAGUCAACUUAUCACUUAAGGAUUUUUGUUAACAACAACCAAUGUAACAUGUGGUAGGUUCCUUAUAAGUAUCUGUAGGUACAAGGCCCACUUUGAGUUGUCUAAAUAAGAAAAGUUAGUUGUGGCCAUUACUAAGGUUCUUAUUUAUGGAUUCUUAUUGAAUUAGAAAAUUCUCCUUCUGUCCACAAAUAUCAGGGUCCUACCAUAAACUCAAUUUUAAGUUUUUUCUAAA